GUUCGUUGAGUCAGUUGUAAAAUACUGCCUACUACAUUUCUGACUUUCUUUCUGCCGUAUAGAUGUCACUCCACUCAGAAUCCACUCCCUCUCGUACGUGUAAUGAUGUUUCCAUCCUGCCCGAUGUUUAUUCCGUUCCCUUCAAAGCCUCUCCAGUGCCACUAUCUCACGGCAGAAUCAAAGAUCUCUUACGUUGCAACGACCCGCUCGUUGAAGCUGAAAAAAUGGCUUUACACUUACUGGUCGAUGAAGCGCCUGCUACUCUAGCAAAUCUGGACCAACAGAUCUUUGAAAUGCGCCAGACGCUCGACUCCCUUAUUCAGAAACGACAAGUCGUCGAAUCUGACUUUGACGAUGCUAAAACGAUUCUUCAUUCCAUACGUUCAAUGCCGCCGGACGUUCUAAAAGAAAUUUUCGCACAUUGCGUGCCUAAUUGGGAUGAAAUGAUUUCUGAAUCACCAGGCCCUGGCUGCGAUUAACUUCAUCCUCGCUGGGGACCAUGGGCGAGUUCUCAUGUCUGCAGAACAUGGAAAUAUAUCUCCCUCUCACAUCCACGCUUGUGGACAUGUAUUAGACUUGACUUCAGAAAGUAUGGAGCACUCAGUAUGAGAGCUGUCAUGACAAAAGUCGCC